UGUGGGAAAGCUAAUCCUGACUGGGACUCAUGUCUUUGUAAUGCUAAUGAGCUCCUAUAAAUAGAGGAGCGCGACCCUCAUUCCCAACACAACUGACUCGCUCUCCUCAGAGAAACUUCUCUCCAUCUAAAAGAAUGGCUCCAACCUACAUGACUGAAUACUCUAAACUUUCCAACAAGGAAAAGCAUAAAUUGAGAAAACCAGUGGUGGAAAAGAUGCGCCGAGAUCGCAUCAACAACUGCAUCGAGCAGCUCAAAUCCAUGCUGGAGAAGGAAUUCCACCAGCAGGAUCCAAACACCAAGCUGGAGAAAGCCGACAUCCUGGAGAUGACAGUGGUUUUUCUGAAACAGCAGCUGCAGCCCAAGACCUCGGCUCCACAGAAAGCCCACUUUGACGGCUAUUCCCAGUGUUGGAGGGAGACCAUGAGCUUCUUAUCUGGAAACACCAAGGUGGACGCUGUACGUCAGCAUCUGAACCGCUGUCAAGAAGCCCAGAGAUCAUCUAAAGACCUCACUCACGUGUCUCCAGCUUCCCAUCAGCCCACCAAGGUGAAGCAGGAACCAUGUGCUCACAGACCUCUCUGGAGACCCUGGUAGACAGCGAAAGACUUCCACAGAAAAACUAGAUGGUGGUUUUACCAUCUCUUAUGAUGUAGGAAAUAUACAUUUCCAUUUCUAUGUUCAUUUCAACUGCUUCAUAUUGAAGGUUCAAUUGUUUUAUUCUUGAUAAGAUUCGUAAGACAUGUGCCUUGUGUUGGUCUAGAGGCUUUUCCCCAAUCCUAAUGUUGUUUGGCUUGCAAACAGUGAUAUUGCUCAGAAUCUGAGCUCUUUAUAAGGUCCUGAUGGACAUUCAUUUGAUACAGCCUUUUGUAAAGGCUGAAGAAAAACAAUAUUUGUUCUUAUGAUGGCAUUCUUGUGCGCUGAAACAUUGUGGACACUGUGUGUCUGUCAUUGCAUUUAAAUAAAAGCAAUUAAUUAUUAAAAA